CUGGUUCUCCAUCCCCUUAUUCUUGCUCGUCAGGGCUGUGGCUGGACCACAAUCCCAAUCUCAUUCCUUUCAUCGGCGGAGCGUGAUCGAGCAUUGAGCUAUCUGGCUUCCGUUCCUCCUAGGGCUAACCAGUUCACAGUGACCAGUUCGCCUAUCAUGGGAGACAGUAUGUGGUAUGCGUUCUUGAAUGAUGAGCUGUGUUAUGUGUCCCUCUGGGCGUUUGCAUGCUUGAUCGUCAUGGUCUUCCUCUGGCAGACUUGCUUUCAGCUUGCUGCACAUCUUCGUCGACUGGCCACCUUCACCGACCCAUCCCAGAGAUUUCAUCAGAUUCCAGACUCGCGGCUGGCGUGGCUCAAGCGCCAUGUUCUCUAUGCACCCCUCUGGCGCAAUCGCCACAACCGUGAAAUGCAACUCUCACAGGCCAUCAACAUGGGCACCUUGCCUAGUCGAUUCCACGCCCUGUUGCUCACCUUCCUUGUGGUCUUGAACGUGACUCUCUGCACAGUCACCAUUCCUUUCGAAUCCAAGGAGUCAACCGUUGCAGCACUGAUCCGGAACAGGACAGGUUACAUGGCAACGGUCAAUUUGUUUCCCCUGUUCGUCAUGGCUGGACGUAACAACCCGUUGAUCCCGCUGCUGCAUGUCUCCUUCGACACAUGGAACCUGUUGCAUCGGUGGUUGGGACGGAUCGUGGUGCUGGAGCAGUGGCACAUGUUAUCGCUUGGGGGGUGCCCAAGGUCCAAAAUUGCUAUGCUGGGGACUCUCAGCAAGCCUUUCAUGUUCAAUGGCCUGAUGUGUAUGAUUGCAAUGCUAGUGAUACUGAUCCAGUCGCCCUCCCCAAUCCGGCAUGCAUUCUACGAGACGUUUCUGCAUCUUCAUAUCGCCCUCGCCUGCAUAGCGACUGGGUUCGUGUGGCAUCACGUCUACCGCUACUCCUGCAGAUUCUACCUGUACGCGGCGGUCGCAUUCUGGACAUUUGAGCGUCUUACCCGCUUCCUCAUCCUGGUCUAUCGCAAUUUCCGCGCAGGUGCCCGCACCACUGCCUACGUCGAAGCUCUUCCAGGUGAUACCAUGCGGAUCACGCUUGACCUUGCUCGACCCUGGUGCUUCUCGCCCGGCCAGUAUCUCUUCUUGUAUAUUCCUUCCAUUGGUGGCUGGACAUCCCACCCGUUCUCUGUGGCAUGGGGUGGGGAUAUGCCUGUGCACGAAAAAUCGCCGCUCGACCGUCUCGACAGUUGGACUGCCCCGAAGUCCCUCUCCCUCCUCGUCCGACGUCGCACGGGGUUCACCGACAAGCUAUUCAAGGCCGCCCUCGUCCAGCAGCACUCCUUCCGCAGCACCAUGGCCUACCCCGACGACCCGAUGCACCCUUCCCUGCAGUCGCCGUGCGGACCCCCACUCCGACUGGCGGCUCUCGUCGAAGGCCCAUAUGGGAGCCUCCACUCGCUCGAUUCGUACGGGACUGUCCUCCUGGUGGCCGGAGGGGUAGGCAUCACGCACUGUCUUCCCUUCAUGCCGCAUCUCAUCCAGAAGUCCACCGCCGGCACCGUUUCAGCGCGAAAAAUCACGCUAGUGUGGAUCGUCCAGUCACCCGAGCAUCUGGAAUGGCUGCGUCCCUGGAUGACGGAGGUCCUGGCGCUGCCGGGUCGGAGGGAGGUGCUCCGCGUCAAGUUGUUCGUGACUCGGCCUCGCAAUCCGCGGGAGAUCAAGAGUCCCAGCUCGACGGUCGAAAUGUUCUCCGGUCGACCAAGUCUGCAGACUCUGGUGCAGAUGGAAGCUGAGAACCAGGUUGGCGCGAUGGGGGUCAUGUGCUGUGGAAACGGGGGGUUGAGCGACGAGGUGCGGCGCGCAUGUCGGAGGCAUGUGGGCGAGACGGUGGUGGAUUAUAUUGAGGAGAGUUUCACAUGGUGAGCAGUAAUGCUAUGGUGAGGUUCUAGUUUGAGGAGGAUUAGCCGGCGAUUGGCACCAUAGAUUGAUUGUUCGACU